UGUGCUUUAAAGUGCAAUUGAAAAUGUAAACUGAUUGCAAAGGGAAAGCGGAAACCAGUUUAGUUUAACCGGCAAAAUGCAAAGUUCGAAAUCGUUUCUAAUACGCGAUCUGCUGGGAGAUCUGAUCAAUCGGCGGCAAACUGCAGAUUCGGACAUUGAGCUCUCCAACGAUGAUUCGGACAUUGACAUUGAGGAUCGCUCCACACCGGACUCGACGGCGCAUGGCUGCCAGCAGGAGCUGCUGCUGUCCCAUCAUCAUUUUCAACAUAACGACGACUCCAGCGUGGAGUCGUGUGGCACGGCCACACCGGGUCCUGGCCUGCGUGCUGCCGCUGCAGCGGCGGGCGUGGCAGCCGGCCUGCUGGCGGCAGCGGCCAGUGGUGCCAGCAGCAGCGAUCCGGCUGCCACUGGUGGCCCAAGCGGCGGCAGUGGCAGCUAUGCGGAGCACAAGCUGCAGAUGAGCAAGAGCGGACGGAAGCCGAGACGACGACGCACGGCCUUUACCCACGCCCAGCUGGCGUACUUGGAGCGAAAAUUCCGUUGCCAGAAGUACCUCAGCGUGGCCGAUCGCAGCGACGUGGCCGAGACGCUCAAUCUGUCCGAGACGCAGGUGAAAACCUGGUACCAAAAUCGACGCACCAAAUGGAAGCGACAGAAUCAGCUGCGUCUGGAGCAGCUGCGCCACCAGGCCACGCUCGAGAAGGACUUUGGUGUGCCGGAGGGCGGCGGUGGCGGUGGCGGUGGCCUGGGCUGCUGUCCCACCGGGCUGAGCAGCUCGUUCAGUGCCGCUGCCGCUGCCGCAGCUGCGGCCAGCAAUCCGUGCAAUUUCUUGACCUCCGCUGCGGCGGCGGCCAUCUUUCGGAAUGUCAGCUAUGUGCACGGCUGUCCCAUGUAAGCCCUGGAAGCCCUGGAAGCCCUGGAAGCCCUG